AUGGCGAGUACAGGUGAACCAGACCGUAAAAGGCGUCACUUUAGCUCUAUAUCACCUACAGAAGCAGCAGCCGCCGUAAAGAAACAACCUUUCUUUUGGCCAUCUUCCGAGGACAAGCUUGAUACUGCAGUUCUUCAGUUCCAAAAUCUCAAGUUAUCCCAAAAAUUAGAGGCUCAGCAGGUGGAGUGUUCUAUUCUUGAAGAUAAGCUUUCUCAGAUCAAGGAAAAACAACUACCAUACGGUUCCAGUUUGAAGACUGUCAAUAAGUCUUGGGAAAAGCUUACAGCUGCAGUGGAAUCAUGCUCUGUUCGUGUGAGUGAUUCAAGCAGCAGAGCUCAUAGGUGUGUGAACAAGGAGGAUGGGUCUUCUCCGACCCUCAAAGACGAUUUCAUCAACCGGCUACUUGAAACUGGUGCCACUGAGAGCUCCUCAUCCAAUGUCUGCUCGAAUCGAAUUGAAGAAAAUGGUGGAAAUACAUCAAGCCAGUUGGCGCAAACCUUGUCUAAUCUAGUGGCUGCGACCAAUGAUUUGAGGUGUGUGAAGGAUGAGUUAUAUCCCACAGUUCUCAGAACGGGUCUUGAUAAAGAUUUGUGUGGUCAGCUAGCGCUGAAUGAGUUGGAAUCCGAAGUUAAAAGUUUCAGAGUGGUUCUAGAUGAUGCACUUGUGAAGUUUAAAUCACUUUCGAGAGAAUUGCAGAUUCAUCGUGAUGCUGAUGCUAAAGUUAGAGCAGACCUUAAACGAAUAAGAGGCGAGCUAGAGAAUGAGGUUGUGGAGCUUCAACAGUGUAAUGGCGACUUGUCAGCACUGAGAGCAGAAAGGGAUGCAACAUCAGGGGCGUUUUUCCCAGUGUUGAGCCUUGGGAAUAAGCUUGCUACUGGUGAUAAGGGCAGGGAUAAACAAAGGGAUCUGUAUGACAUGGAAUCAGUUCUGAAAGAGUUAACGAUCUUGGCGUCAAGCAGGCUACAAGAGCUAAAAGAUCUUCAUGAGGAGAGGACAAAGAUUCUGGAAAAAAUGAGUAGUUUACAGAACAAGUCAAAGUCUGUGAGGGGCAUCUCAUCUUCUCAAGCCUGCCUUUCAUUAAAAGACCAGCUGGAAAAAUCCAAAGAAGCAGUUUUCAAGUAUAUGGCUUUACUUGAGAAACUGCAGGUUGAGAAAGAUAGUAUGGUCUGGAGGGAAAGAGAGAUGAAUAUAAAAAGUGAACUAGUUGAUGUUUCUCGAAGGUCUUCUGCUAUUGCUGAUUCUAAAAUCGCUUCUUUAGAUGUGGAGAUACAAAAGCAACUGGAUGAAAAAAAACGAAUCAAGACUAGGUUGGGAAAUAUAUCAAAAGAGCGAGGUAGAAAAGAAAUCUUUGCAGAUAUGAAGGCGCUAAUUUCUUCGUUCCCAGAGGAAAUGAGUUCCAUGCGAAGUCAAUUAGACAAUUAUAAAGAGACUGCUGGAGGUAUUCAUUCUCUGCGGGCUGAUGUGCAGUCCCUCACUGGGGUUCUAUGUAGGAAGACAAAAGAGUGUGAAGCUUUGCAUUUGAGAUCAGCUGAUUAUGCUUCUCAGCUGGGUGACCUGAAUGCUACGGUUCAUGAUUUGAAGAACAGUCACGAGGAGUUGAAGUUGUUUCUGGACAUGUAUAAACGUGAGUCCACUGAUCCAAGGGACAUAGCUGAAGCCAAGGAGCAGGAGUACAGGGCUUGGGCUCAUGUUCAAAGUUUACAAUCCUCUCUUGAUGAGCAGAAUCUAGAAUUGCGUGUUAAGGCAGCAAAUGAAGCGGAGGCUGUUUCACAACAAAUGUUGGCGGCUGCCGAAGCUGAGAUUGCUGAUUUAAGGCAGAAAAUGGAUGAUUGUAAACGGGAUGUCGCAAAGCAUUCUGAUACCUUGAAAUCUAAAAAUGAAGAACAUGGAACAUAUCUUUCGGAAAUACAGACAAUUGGAAGUGCCUACGAGGACAUUGUACCACAAAACCAACAGCUUUUGCUUCAAGUUACAGAGAGGGAUGACUAUAACAUCAAGCUUUUCUUGGAAAGCGUAACUUCAAGGCAGAUGCAAGAUGCUCUGCUAAUCGAUAAAUACAUCAUGGAUAAGGAUAUUCAGCAAGCCAGUGCAUCUGCCAGUUUCCUCUCCAAGAAAUCCUCAAGAAUUGAAGAUCAGUUGAGGUUCUGCAUAGAUCAGGUUCAGAAACUAGCCGCAGAUAGAUAUCAAAAGUCUGAUACUCUUGAAAACCUGCAAAAGAAACGAGCAGAUAUUGGGAAUGGGUUGGAGCAAGCUAGGUCAAGGCUGGACGAGUCACAUUCCAAAGUUGAGCAAAGUCGGGUGGAUUUUGGGGCGUUGGAACUGGAACUAGAAAUCGAAAGGUACAAUCGGAGGAGGAUAGAGGAGGAAAUGGAAAUAGCCAAAAAGAAAGUUUCUCGUCUUCGAUCUCUGAAAGAAGGAUCAUCGGCCAUUCAAAAGCUCCGGCAAGAACUUAGUGAAUUCAAAGAAAUUUUGAAGUGCAAGGCCUGCAACGAUCGCCCAAAAGAGGUUGUGAUCACGAAAUGCUACCAUUUGUUUUGCAACCCAUGUGUGCAAAAGCUCACAGGAACUCGACAGCGAAAGUGUCCAACAUGUUCAGCAAGUUUUGGACCUAAUGAUAUUWAACCUAUCUACAUAUGA